CAAUACACUGUCGAAAUGCUUGCUGGGAUACCUGUCAUGGCUGCGUCCUGUGAAGGGUUGAAAUGGAUGUUUGAUAUCGCUGAACGUGUAAUGCUUAUGGGAUUGAAAACCACAUUAACAAUGUGGUGAAACGGGGUAGCCUAAAUCACAAGCACUGAAAUGAAUCGGGCGACCUCCCUGAUAAGGAGGGUGAGACUGAUAACCCAUACCGACCCUACACUGGUUGCAAACUACCUCCCUUUUCCUAUAUUUGCUCCAGCUUGGACCCCUGCACCUCCACUGACCUGCCACCAUGUCAGAUUCCUUGCUACUAAGCAGGGUAAAGGCCAUAGUAAAGUUCAGAAAGUCAAACCGAAGCAGGACAAACAGGAAGUAGAAAUAAAGCAGAAGAUGACGGUGUCUGCACUGGCUGAAGCUAUGAACAAAGACUUUGAUCAUGUCUUUGAGGCUCUGCUCAACACCUCAGUGGACCUGGAUUCCCUAGAGCCCCACUCUGUUCUGGAGGAGCAGUGGAUCAAGGAGGUUGUGAAGAGGUCUGGGAUGAAGUACAAGUGGGCCAAGCUGGUGGAGUCCAAAGAGCGUGAGAACAAAGACACUCAGAGAAGAGCUCCACCAGAUCCGGCCGUCCUGGUGUCUCGUCCUCCUGUCGUCACCAUAAUGGGCCACGUAGAUCACGGAAAGACCACUCUGCUGGACAGCCUUAGGAAGAGCCAGGUGGCUGCGGGGGAAGCAGGGGGCAUCACCCAGCACAUUGGGGCCUUCCUGGUUCAACUUCCUUCGGGGGAAAAGAUCACGUUCUUGGACACCCCAGGGCACGCAGCCUUCUCUGCCAUGAGGGCCCGUGGAGCUUUGGCCACAGACAUUGUCAUCCUGGUUGUUGCUGCAGAUGACGGGGUCAUGAAGCAGACGAUUGAAUCCAUCCUACAUGCCAAAAAAGCCCAAGUACCAAUCAUUGUGGCAGUGAACAAGUGUGACAAGCAUCAAGCUGACGCAGCGCGUGUGAAGCAGGAACUACUAUCCCAUGAUGUGGUAUGCGAGGAGUAUGGAGGAGAGGUUCAGGCUAUCCGCGUUUCUGCCCUUAAGGGGGACAAUCUGAUGGAGCUGGCAGAGGCCACGGUGACCCUGGCGGAGGUGAUGGAGCUGAAGGGUGACCCGACAGGCCUAGUGGAGGGCACCAUUAUCGAGAGCCGCUCGGAUAAGGGCAAGGGGCCAGUUACGACAGCAAUUGUCCAGCGAGGCAUGUUAAAAAAGGGCUGCACUUUGGUUGCAGGGAAGACAUGGGCCAAGGUGCGCUUCUUGUUUGACGAGAACAACUGCACAGUGAAGGAAGCUGGGCCGGGCACUGCUGUGGAGAUAGUGGGGUGGAAGGAGCUCCCCUCUGCCGGCGAGGAGAUCCUGGAAGUAGAGUCUGAGAAAAGAGCAAGGGAGGUGGUGGACUGGCGGUGCUACCAGGAGGAACAGGACAAACUGAAGGAGGACAUGCAAGCCAUUGAGGUAAAGCAACGGGAGCACCAAGAGAGCUACAAGAAGGAGCGAGAGCCCCUGGCCCACCUCAGCUGGAGGCAAAGGAAGUCUGCUCUGUACAAGGCCAACAAAAAGCUCAUGGCCAUGCGGCCCAGCGAGAAGUUGGAGUCCCAAGAGCUCUCCCUACCACUCAUUGUCAAAGGUGAUGUGGAUGGCUCUGUCGAGGCUAUCCUGAACAUCUUGGAGAGCUACGAUGCGCAUAGCCAGUGCCAGAUGGAGGUGGUCCACUUUGGCAUCGGAGAUGUUUCCGAGAACGAUCUCAACCUGGCCGAGACCUUCUCAGGCACCAUAUACGGCUUCAAUGUGGGUGUCAAUAAGUCCAUUCAGCAGAUGGCCACUAAGAAAGGCAUCAUACUAAAGAUGCACAAAGUUAUCUACAAACUCAUCGACGACCUAAAGGACGAGCUGAGCAGUAAACUCCCGCCUUCUGUAAAGGAGAAUGUGAUCGGAGAGGCAUCUGUCCUGGCCAUGUUUGACGUGACCGUUGGGAAGAAGAAAGUGUCCGUCGCCGGCUGUAGAGUUCAGAAAGGUCAGCUAGAUAGAAAGAUGAAGUUCCGACUGGUCCGAGGCCGAGACGUCAUCUGGGAGGGCUCCUUGACAGCACUGAAGCACCACAAAGAUGAUGUCCAGAUGGUGAAGACAGGGAUGGAGUGUGGCCUCUCUGUGGACCAGGACAUCGAGUUUAGACCGGGAGAUGAAAUAGUGUGCUACGAAGAGACUGAGACUAGGCAAACAAUUUCCUGGGAUCCAGGAUUUUAGGACGUGCUAUAGAUAUUGGCCUCAUCAGGUGAACAAUCCAUGAUCUGAAUUGAAGGAGUAUUAUUUAUGCUAGAGACGGUUGAGCAUUCCAAGACUUUGCAUUUACAUGUAAAAUUGUGAAUGUCAUGACUAAUUGAAUUUGAGGUGUUGUACUGACUACUCUGCUUGAUGUAAUAAAAUUGUUUCUAGUAAGAUAAAAAAAAAAUCAAGUGAUAUGAGAGUGCAGUACUCAUAUCUGUUCCAGCAGCGGCUUUAUUUGUGUAAUACAAUUGGACAGAUUUUCUUUGCUUUGGGCUCACUGAUUUUGAGUUAAUAUUCAAUAAGAGGAACAGGAGCUCAAGCAGUGGAAAAUGAGGUGCUGGUAAUCAACUCCAGUGAGCUCCUGCUCAAGUCAAGCAAUAUCUAUACAGCACAUAAUUUUCCAAGAGACAAGUCUAAUUCUGUAUUACAAUAAAAAAUAAAAUAAUAAUGUGCAUAUCA